AUGGUACCGUUACGCUCCCCAGCCAUCCGCCGCUUCCCCGCUGCCCGGAUUCCGGUUGGCCUUGCUCCAACGCCGCCGGUGACUCCGUCGGAUCGGGUACUCGUACCAGAAAUCCGACGGAAACUUGAACUUCUCCAGUUCAUUUUGGUUCUCCGGCGUUGCGUUUGCAGGAAGAAGGGAUUUGGAUGCGGGACGGGGGAGAAUUCCUAAUUAUUAACCGGAUUAACAAAUGCAUAAUGAAGAAUCGUGCGAGAAUGGGUCUUCAAACGGCUCUUGCAGCGACAAACGAGCGGACGAGCACGUCGACAAUGAUCUCGGGGCGCAAGGAAGCGAGCUGAAUCCCGAUGAGGGACUUCUGGAGGCGAGACGUGAGAAUGAUCAGAAUACUGCUGCCAGAGAUGGCGAUGGCGAGAGUCUUAGGGGCUCUAAUUCACUCAUGCAGCUGGCCGAUGACUCUGCUUCGGGAGCGGUCUUCAUUAUGGUUCCAAAAGACAGCCCGCGAGAAGAGUUGGCUGCGUCUGGGGUUCCAAAGGUUGAAAUUUGCAGGGAGGUUGAAGAUGCAGCGGCUUCGUCACCCAAUAAACUUCCUCUGGAGAGAAACGGAAGUUAUAACGAACGGUGCCGGGUCUGUCACGAGCAGUCUGAAGAAGCUAUUGUGGAGCUUGGGUGCAGCUGUCGUGGCGAGCUUGCAAAAGCUCACCGUUCUUGUAUACAAACUUGGUUUUGCACCAAAGGCUCAAAUAAAUGUGAAAUUUGCCAGCAGGUGGCUGUAAAUAUACCUUUACCUGGUUCUCAGUUAUUUGGUCAGUGUGUCAGUUUUCUUCUGAUGACAUCCAUUUGGUUUGGUGUUAUGCAACAGCCAGGUUAUUGGGUGUGGACAGUGGAACCAACACUUAGAGUAUCUGAUAUUAGAAGCACAGAUCGUCGCAGGGGCUGCAUAAGUCCACUUUGGGUGGCAUUUUCCAUCUUAAUUUGUGGACUUCUUCUAGAUGUGCUGAUAUCUAUGACUCUUGGCCUCUCAGCGCUGCCUGUAAAUAUAAUCAUCGGUAUUUUGGUUGUACUGGGUCUUGGAACUGCACUUCGUCUUGCUCUGGACUGCUGUUUCGAGUGGACGUUGAGAAGAGUGGUGCAAAGAUCACAGUUAAACAGUAACCCCGUCUAGUAAUAGAUUCCAAAUUUUCUGUUCGGUUUCCUUUCCCGUGUUAUAUCUAGAAAAUGUCUACACAUAGUUCAACAAAGAAGGUGAAAAUUGGUAUAUUGUAAAACCAGCUGUAAGCAGCUUGCAUAAAAGAUCGUAUGAUCUCUUUCUGAA